AUGACUAGGUCCUCUAAUCUGGCUUGGAUAGGCUUCUCAUCGAGACAAGCUCGAAGAAGAAGGCAGAAGCUGCACGAUUACUAUGGAGACAAGGAGGAGAUGACGGACGAGCAAGAAAACGAUGUAUACGAGAAUCUCAUCAGGCUGGCAAGAGAAGAUAGCCUGCAUGAUCUGAGCAAAACGCUACAAGAGCUCUACGAUAGUUGUGAUUGA